CAGCGUCCCCGGCGCAUUCGCCCAGAGGGACCUGCUGUGCGCCCCCUCCCCGCCAAAUGGAACACGCGCGUGCAGGAAGCCAUGUCGGGGCCAGCGAGCCGCAAGAUUGCCACCACACUCUCGGGAGACCCGCUCACCAAGAAAGACCUGGCAACAUGCUUCACACCGAUGGAGUGGCUGAACGACGAAGUCAUCAACGCAUACCUGGGGCUGAUCGUCGACUAUCUCCGACGGACGCACAACAACGCGGGACGGCACGACAAGCCCCGUUUCCACGCGUUCAAUUCCUUCUUCUUCACGAACCUUCGAGAGAAGGGAUACGCGUCGGUGCGGCGGUGGGCCACGCGGGCCAAGAUCGGCGGCCAGUCGCUGCUGGAGGUGGACACGGUCUUCGUACCCGUCCACCACCAGCACCACUGGACGCUGAUCUUGGUCAAGCCCUCGGACCGCACGAUCGAGCACUUUGACUCCCUCGGGGCCCUGUCUGCACGGCACGUUGCGACCGUGCAGACCUGGCUCCGGGGCGAGUUGGGGGACUCGUUCGUGCAGUCCGAGUGGCGUGUCCUGCCGUCGCGGUCGCCCCAGCAGGACAACGGCAGCGACUGCGGGGUGUUCCUCCUGUCGACGGCGAAGGCCGUGGCGGUGGGGCUGGAGCCACUGUCUUACGGCGCAACAGAUACCCCCCUGUUGCGCCGGAAGAUAGUGGCGGAGCUGAUGAAUGGGGGGUUCGAGGGGGAGUUUGACCCUCUCCUUGAGGGGGAGGUGUUGAUGUAG